GCAAGAGGAGGUACGAGGGGGCGGGGUUGGUGGAGUUGGCUAGUGAGGGUGGCUGUUGCUGGAGAUGGCUGCGGCGGCGCUCGUUAAGGCCCUGGAGCCCUUCGAUUUUGGCAAUACAGCUGAUGUCAUUAGAUCAAUACCACAAGACCUAUUUGCAGAGCUAUGUGAGCAAAUUAUUCAGCAUCUUUGCGGUAAGAUCCCAGGUGUGAAUGCAGUAGAACUAUGUCAGCGAUUUAGAACGUCUGGGAUUGCAUUGAAUGUCAGUGACUUGGCAAAGGUAGUUAAUGUCGUUUCCUUUUUAUUCAGCACAGCUGCCAAAAACAAUAUCUCUGCAGAAGAACUCUCUACCAGCCUGAGCAGUACAGUCAAUGUGCUGCCAAAACAUGCAAUUCAGGUCAUUCGCCAUGUAUGGAAUGAGCAGGGUAAAUCUAUCAGUGUGUCAGAGGAAGCUAGAAAUAUGGCAACAGUGGGGCAGCUUAUAGAUAUUCAAUGGAAAUUGGGAAUGGCAGUGAGCUCUGACAGCUGCAGGUCUCUUAAAUACCCUUAUGUUACAAUGACACUAAAAGUGGCAGACCCUUCUGGCCAGAUAACAAGCAAGUCUUUUGAAAUGACAGUGCCACAGUUCCAGGCUUCUAUAUGUGCAAAAGUAGAUCCUUUACUGAAAAAACAUAGAAAAGCAUAAGAAUUUUUUCAGGCAGUUCAAAGAAAUGGCAGCUGUUCUUGAGACAGUUUGAACAUAACACUGUUUAAAUACUUAGACUUCAACAUGCUUUACUUGAUCUAAAUAAGCCUUUCUAUCCUGCACAAGGAAUAAAAUGUCCAUAUGUAAAUGAGGUAUGUAUUCUUAUGGUCUCAUCUAAUAAUAGUUCCUGGUACUAUCUUUAAAGAAAGAAUACUCAAAGUUGCUUCACUUUCAGACAUUUUGGAGAAAAACUAGCAGGAACCAGCUCUUGCAGGGAUGCGGUCUGUAUAAAGCAAACUGUUAAUUUUGGCAGAAGAUCAUUCUGCACAGCUAGACAUGUAAUGGCUCAGGUUUUUCCUACAAUUCAACAGCAGAAGCUAUGCGUAUGACUACAAUGUGGCAACACCCAUGAAAAUGUUAACUUCGCAGAGGAGAUUACUGCUAGAAGUGUAAACCUCAGGUCUACAAUUUUCUGUUUUAAAAUUGUCACGAUGCAUUUGGCAUGCGCAUAGCUAACGGCAGAAUUGCUAGUAUGUUGAAUACAUAAAAUCAAAUACAACAAGCAUAUUGUUAACUCUAAAGAACAAUUUUGUCACUUGAUUAAUUUUCUAAAUGUGUUGACAGCUGGUUUGUGCUCUCUUUCACUAACUGUUGGAGGACAUUUUGAAAAUGUAUCAAUAAAAUUAUUAAUAUUAUUUCUGCAUUAAAUUUA